CCGAAAGCCCAGUUGCAGAAGAGCCCCAUGAGGACGACCUCCUUUCCUUUGGCUGAAACAGGACAUGGACUUCAUCUUUUAUUUCGUGCUGUCUCUGCUUCUGGCAGCAGAUGUUGGAGAGUCAGCUCUCAUUGGGAAGACUCACGGUGACGGGAAAAAUGAUCCUGUGCUCCAAUAUGUUGUCAGCAAUUCACUCAGAGAGCAUGAGGUUCUUGCCAAACUCAGGCUGAGAACCCUUGAAGAGCCAGGGAACAGAAUGAUGGUUUCAAGUGAACAGGCACAACUCAUGGCAAACCUCAUUAAACUGAUCAACGGCACAAAGGCCAUCGAAAUAGGGCUGUACACUGGUUACAAUGCUCUCAGCAUGGCUUUGGCUCUGCCUGAGAACGGACAUGUGGUGGCAUGUGAAAUACACAAGCCUUUCGUGGACAUCGCAGAGCUAUACUUCAGAGAGGCAGAAGUUGAGAGGAAAAUACAUGUAAAACUGCAAACAGCACUGGUCACUCUGGAUGAGCUACUAGCUGCCGGAGAAGCUGGAACGUUCGACUUUGUGUUCAUCGAUGCUGAUAAAUCCAACUACGAUGCCUACUACGAGAAGUCUCUGCUGCUGAUCAGAAAGGGAGGAAUCAUUGCCAUCGACAAUGUGCUGUGGGGUGGAGCAGUGGUGAAUCCUGCACCGGAGGACAUCACGUCACAAACUAUUGAUGCGCUCAAUAAGAAGCUGCAUAAGGACCAGAGGAUCGAUCUGAGCAUGCUCACUGUGGGAGACGGACUCAGCAUUGCGAUAAAGCGCUAAAUAAAACCAGGUGUUGUGACAAGAUGCCAAAAGACACCAACAAAACAGAUCAGGAAAGAAAACCACAUUGUUGAUGACAGGCAAAGGACUGUAUUAAUUUGAGCAUUAUGGCAGUGCUGGACAUAAAUAUAGACAAGAUAUAUAAAUAAUAUGCCACCAGACGACUCCUGUACAGAUGCAACUAAUAGUUACCAAAGCAACAUAAGUGUAAAAGGCGCCGCAGACUGAGGCGGCGCAGAGUAGGUUUGACGUCUGAGCCUUUCUGAGGAUCUCUUCAGGAUUCCCUUGCUGGUUUGAGUUGGAAACAUAGUUUAAGGCCAGAUAGUGUUGCAGUGUGAGGAGAGUUUAGGCUUCCAGUUCCAAGCCCAGACCCAGUUUGUGGCCGCCGGCGUUGAUGUUCUUGCCGUCGACCAGAGCGGACAGGUUUAGCUUGACUCCUACAGACAAGAACAAGGUCAAACAGUUUUUGGGUCACCACUACCACUUUACACGCAGAAAUGAGUUGUUACAAGGGAUGGGCGAUAUGGACAAAAAAUAAAGUGAUUGAUAAAUGUUGUCAUUCCAGUCACGAUAAUUUCAUUCAUGUGCAUGCAUGUGUUGGACACUACAGUCUCUCUUGAAACUCUUUAAUGAUGAAACUUAUUAGUGGAGUCUCCAACAUCAUGAUUUGUUUAUGUUUAAAUAUAACAGUUAACUAAGUGUAGAGAUGAGAAAUUCAGCGUUUCACGUCUCUGGUAGAAGCCGCUGGUGUCUGACAGACUGCUCUGCCAGUUUUAUUUAGGGGUUAAAUUGAGCCGUCUGUCCACUGCAUCUCAUGUCUCUUUAACUUUAGCGGAGCUCCGUCCAAUAUCCAACUAUUGUCACCGCGGUGUUUUGCUGAGGCGCCAGCGCAGCAUGAGACCUGCAUGUGUUGAUGUGAACCAAGGCAGACGACUGCGCCCGAGAACCUAUGAGGACCACUCCCUCUCAUAAAAUAAACACCGAUCCAGAGACUCAGACUCGACCAGUGUCAUUAUCAUAACAUAUUAUAAGUUUAAAACUACCAUCGUGAACCAACGUCCACCACACUCUCCACAACUGUCACACGCCGGUGUCGGCUGUCAAACGCCACAGAGCUGGAGAGCGUGGCGUGCGUGCAGGUCCAAUGCAGCGAGUGAGCCACGUGUUUAUCAACUUUAUCGUGAGAUGCAGAAUUGUCAUCAUGGAGAUUGUGUUUGGCGGUACAUCGUCUACGAUAAGUUAUCGCCCAUCCCUAGUUGUUACUAUAAAUUUGCCGAGAUAAGAAAAGACAAUCUGAACGGUUUAUCAGCAUGAGCCACUUGCCUGAUCUGAGGGUCUGGGAGAAGCCAAAACCAACAAGGCUGUUGUUAUUCACUUUAGCCUGCAAUCGAAAACACAACCACAAAAAGCAAUUAUAUGAGAGCCCACAUAUAGUCUCAUACCAUGUCAUGAGCAGGUUUGUUUGUACACUACUAUAAAUAUUCUGUGACACAUUGACAUCAUAGGAUUCUGGUGGGAACCUUACACUGACUGAGGAGUCCUUGUCCAGCUGAUACUUUGUUGCAAUGCCAAAAGAUGUGCUGUUGCUGCCAGAGGUCCAGGCCAGAUUGACCGCCAUCUCCAGUUUGUCGUUCACCUUUUGGUAGAUGGAACCUCCAAAUUCUGACCCAUCAUUGCUGUAUAAGCAAAUUAUAAAAUACAAUAUAAAUUAGUAACGACAUUAAAUGCUUCCUCACUUGAAUCCAUCCCCGGGUGAAACCAAUAAAAACAUGCCAUGUAUAAAAAAAAAUGUU